AUGCUGCUAAAACCUGCUCACUUGGCCCACGGCGCCUUGGUCAACGUAAUCUGCGCAUCCCGCCUGCCGGCCCCGCUGCCUUGCCUGGCCUGCUGCGCGCUGGGGGGCAUCGGCAUCAUGCCUGGGCCGGGUGGUGCCCGCGCCGCCGCCGCCGCAUACAGCGCGGCGACCUUCUCGUGCACCUACUGCUCGGAUGCCCGCCCCCCCCGGGGGUGGGGGAAUGGGGCCCGGGGUAACGAGACUUAUAAUUGA